AUGAUUUCCCCGCUCAUCAUAUGCAUCAUAUCUCUCCUUUCUCUCGCUGUCUGCGGUGAGCCAACAUUAACCGCACAUCUUAACUAUGGCUCUUUCCAAGGAGCCUACUCUGCAGAGUACAACAUCUCAUACUGGAUGAAGAUACCCUUCGCCGCGCCGCCGACAGGAGAGAACCGCUUUCGAGCUCCACAGCCACCUUCGCAAAUACAAGAAAGCAUAUAUAACAGCACUCAGCCGUACGACUUCUGCCCACAACGAACCGUCAACGGCACUGAAGACUGUCUCUACCUAGGUCUAUACGGCCGUCCGUGGACAGCAGGUCAAGCACUCAAACCGGUCGUGGUAGUCUUCUACGGCGGAGCAUUCAUCCAAGGCGGUGGAAGCUUCACCAUCCCUCCAGCAGGGUAUCCCGUCUUGAAUGUCAGCUCUCAGAACGACUUCAUCUUCGUCUACCCCAAUUACCGCGUCAACGCAUUCGGUUUCUUGCCUGGUCAAGAGAUCGCGGAUGAUCCUAACAGCGAAUUGAACCCUGGUCUGCUCGAUCAACAAUCCGCUCUGCAAUGGACUCAUAAGUACAUCUCGCACUUCGGCGGUGAUCCGAAGAACGUCUCCAUUUGGGGCCAAUCCGCUGGUGCCGGCUCGGUAGUUGCACAAGUCAUUGCGAACGGUGGCAAUACCCAACCUCGUCUGUUCAGCAAAGCCCUCGCUUCAAGCGCCUUCUGGCCCAAGACAUAUCGCUACAACAGCUCCGAAGCUCAAACCGUCUACGACAAGUUCGCAGAAUUGACAGGAUGUUCAGGUCCUGACUCUCUGAAAUGUCUCAAGUCCGUCGACGUCCAAACACUCCGUGACGCUUCCUUACGAAUCAGCGCAAGUCACACGUAUAAUACGUCUUCGUAUACCUGGGCGCCUGUAAUCGAUGGUCACUUCCUCCGAGAAUCUCUUUCAAAAGCAACAAGCAGAUGUGCAGUCAACAUCGACCACGGCUUUGGGAUGUACAACCUCCACGAAGGCGAGAACUUCGUCCCGCCCGGCUUUCAAAACAUCACAGGCGGUGGAACUCCCCAUUUCAACUCAUCCCAACCUUCAUUCGAGAACUGGCUGAAAGGCUACCUCCCCGGCCUGUCUAAUCUCGAUUUGGCGGAAGUCAAGCGACUCUAUCCAGCCUCCGGCAUCGCCGAAGAAUUGAAAUACAACACAACCUACGUCCGAGCCGGUCUCAUCUACCGCGAUACCGUCCUCGCAUGUCCAGCCCUAUGGAUGGCACGAGCGAGUCGUAAAACCGCCUACCUAGGCGAGUAUAUCAUCCCGCCCGCAAAGCACGGCGACGAUAUCAAAUACUGGAACCGCCCCAACGCCGUCCAGCAGACCGACCCUCUAAUCUAUCAGGGCUACGCGGGCGCUUUUGCGUCGUUCUUCCAGACAGGGGAUCCGAAUGCUCAUAAAUUGACGGAUGCGUCUCAGGCUGGUGUUCCUGAGCUCAGGGAGACGGGGGAGCAGUUUGUGGUCAGGGCUGAGGGGUUUGCGAAUGGAGAGAUUGAGGUGUUGGAGGGGAGGUGUGCGUUUUGGAGGAGGGUUGCUGAUAAGAUACCGAUUUGA